AAGCGGAAGUGGGGGAGGAAGAAGAGGAUGAGGAGGAGGGAGUUGGAAGAGGAAGGGGGCAGAAGUCAGAAUAAGAGGGGCAGGAGGAAGAGGAAGAAGAGUAAGAGGAGGUAGAAGAAAGACAAGGGGAGGGCGGGGAGGAGCUUCGCCUCGGCCUGCUCCGCCCAGCCAGGGUCCGUGGCCGCAUGGCUUCGGUUUCCUCUGCUACCUUCUUGGGCCACGGGGCUCGGUCCCUACUGCAGUUCCUGCGGCUGGUGGGGCAGCUCAAGAGAGUCCCACGGACUGGCUGGGUAUACAGAAAUGUCCAGAGGCCGGAGAGCGUGUCAGAUCACAUGUACCGGAUGGCAGUUAUGGCUAUGGUGAUCAAAGAUGACCGUCUUAACAAAGACCGAUGUGUACGCCUAGCCCUGGUUCAUGAUAUGGCAGAAUGCAUCGUUGGGGACAUAGCACCAGCAGAUAACAUCCCCAAGGAAGAAAAACAUAGGCGAGAAGAGGAAGCUAUGAAGCAGAUAACCCAACUACUACCAGAGGACCUCAGAAAGGAGCUCUAUGAACUUUGGGAAGAGUACGAGACUCAAUCUAGUCCAGAAGCCAAAUUUGUGAAGCAGCUAGACCAAUGUGAGAUGAUUCUUCAAGCAUCUGAAUAUGAAGACCUUGAACACGAACCUGGAAGACUGCAAGACUUCUAUGAUUCCACAGCAGGAAAAUUCAGUCACCCUGAGAUAGUCCAGCUUGUUUCUGAACUUGAGGCAGAAAGAAACGCUAACAUAGCUGCAGCUGCCAGUGAGCCACACUCCUGAGACACUCUCUACAUUGCUGCACUCCUGUAAACACCAUUAUUUUUCCAUUUCAUUGUAUUGUGUUUUGCCAUUGUUGGUCUCUUGAUUUCCCUAGAUGUGAGUCUGUUUGUUUUCAGUUGUCUGGACUUCAGCAAGAAAUGUGAUAUAACUUGGGCACUAAAAGAAGCCACAGAACAGGAAGCGGUCACGAAAGUGCCAUGGAUGAAGACUGGAGGGGGCAGUGCCUGUUUAUGAACUAAAUAAAUAAAUAUUAAACACCUAAAA